AUGUCGUGGUUAUUCGGUAAAAAGAAGAAGAAGGAAAUUUCAGUCUCACAAAAAACCGAAGACUCUACAAAUAAAUCCAUAGAAAAGAUGGAUCAAACCAUCACUCUGUUGGAAAAGAGGAAAAAGUUGUUAGAGAAGAAAAUGGAACAAGAAACUGAAAAGGCCAAGGAAUUUAUGAAAAAGGGAGACAAAUCCUCUGCCAUGACGUGUUUAAAGCGUAAAAAACAAUAUGAAGUACAAGUACAACGUCUCGAUCAACAAAUUAUGAAUAAUGAGCAAAUGAAACUCACGCUAGAAAAUGCUGCAACUGAUAUUGAGACCUUGAAAGCACAACAACAAGCAGCCAAGACCAUGAAACAAGUCUUUAAAGAGACUGGAGGAAUUGAUAAAGUACAAGACGUCAUGGAUGAAAUUCAAGACACGAUGGCAACAGCCAACGAAUUGGGUGAUGCACUUGCUCAAGAUCUCGGAACAGGUCAAAUUAUUGAUGAAGGAGAAUUGGAAGAUGAAUUAGACCUGAUGGAACAAGAAGAGCUCGAUAAACAAAUGUUGGGCAUGAAACAAACCAAAGUGCCAACAGGACCACUCACAAAAGGUACGGCCACUGCUUCGAAACCAGUUAAAACUGCAAAGGAAGUAGAUGAUGAGUUGGCAGAAUUGGAAGCAGAGUUGAAUGCCUAA